CCGAAAUAUUACUCUUGUUGUGUUUACACAUCUUUAAUCGGCUUUUGAGGAAAAGUGUGAAUUAACUCUGACGUUUUUGGAUCUGUUCCUCUGAGUGGCCCACACAGAGAUUCUGUGACAGUAUUGUAAAAAAUGGAAAUCGUUAAAGAGGAAAAUGAAGACGUGAAUGAUCCAGACCCGUGCAGAAUGAAAACUGAAGAUACUGAGGAACAGACAGAUCUGGUGCUGGAACAGACAUAUGAAAGUGAUCCGAAUGAAGAUGAAGAGAAACAUCAGCACCAGAAACCUCAUCAUUUCAAAACGGAAGAUAUGUCUUCUGGUUCUUCGCAAAUGAAAAAGACUUUUACAAAAGGAAGGCAAAAAUCUGAAAGCAGAAAAUCUUUUAGGUGCCCUCAUUGUGAAGAGGUCUUUGGACGAAAAACGGACUUUGAGCUGCACGUAAGAAUCCACACUGGAAAAAAGCUUUUCACCUGCCCUCAGUGCGCAAGAAACUUCUUGUACAAAGGCAAACUUGCAAAUCACUUAAGAAUUCACACGAGUGAGCUUCCAUACACGUGUCUUCAAUGUGGAAAGAGUUUCAGACACAAAGGAUCGCUUAAAGACCACAUGAGAGUGCACACUGGAGAGCGCCCGUACACAUGUGUUGAGUGUGGAAAGAGUUUCACACAGAGUAGUAGUCUAAACGUUCACAUGAGAAUUCACACCGGAGAGAGCCCGUACACGUGUGUUCUGUGUGAAAAGAGUUUCACUUUCAAGGGUAACUUUAAUGUCCACAUGAGAAUUCACACCGGAGAAAGCCCGUACUCGUGUCUUCGCUGCGGAAAGAGUUUCGCACACAAAAGUAACUUGAAGGAUCACAGUAGAGUUCACACCGGCGAGCGCCCAUACACAUGUGUCCAAUGUGGAAAGAGUUAUACGCAGAGCAGUCGCCUCACGGUCCACAUGAGAGUGCACUCUGGAGAGACCCCGUACACAUGUGUUCAGUGCGGAAAGAGUUUCACAAGCAUAAGUAUUUUAAACGACCACAUGAGAAUUCACACUGGAGAGAGCCCGUACACUUGUGUUGAGUGUGAAAAGAGUUUCAUUUACAAAAGUAACUUGAAAGUCCACAUGAGAAUUCACUCCGAAGAAAGCUUGUACACAUGUCAGCAAUGUGGAAAGGGUUUUGUGCAAAAAGGAGCACUUAAGGAACACAUGAGAGUGCACACCGGAGAGCGGCCGUACAUAUGUGAUCGGUGUGGAAAGAGUUUUACACACAGUGGUAGUCUCAAGGUCCACAUGAGAGUUCACACUGGAGAACGGCCAUACACGUGUGUUGAGUGCGGAAAAAGCUUCGCUUGCCGAAGUAAUUUUCGGGAACAUACGAGAAUUCACACUGGAGACUAGACUUACAGACCUUGAGAGUCACAUGACAGCUUGCUUUCGGUGUGGAAAAGUUGUACACGUUUCUUUUGGAAAAUGGAUUACACCACUGUUCACAGUGUGACAAGAUUCCCACGUGUUAUUCCACCACAUGUAAAAGAACACCUGAAAAAAUGUUUAAGGAUCACUGGUGACCUGAAGUCUUUGUGUACUUGUUAAAGUCCUUAGUAGAGCCAGUGACUUGAAAGAGCACCAGACAAUCUUAACUGAAGAAAGAACACGAGAACGUUCCUACUGGAGAGGAGCCCUCAAGUUUGGCAUUUUAGCAGUCAGUUUAUAUACUGACACACGUCAAAAAUAUUGUCACAGUGAGGAAAGACCAUCCUUAAAUCCAACACUUCAAGAAACUUAUUUUAUUAAUUGCAAUAUUUGUCCAUGAUAGCUUUUGGCAAAUGUUGUGAGCAUAUUUUUAAGUGUUAGAUUUCUCCACAUUUUAUAAAUACAUUUAUUUUCAGUGAGAUUAGUACAUUUGCAAUUAAUUGCCAUGUACUGUUGACCCGAGUGACCAAAAUGUUGUGUUCUUGCAUUAUUUCUGUGGUGUUUGGGUGAAGAAUCUGAAUACUCAUGUUUGAUGGCAUUUGAAAUGUUUCAGUGCAACUGGUGGAAUGGUCUCGUCCAUAUAUUUGUAGUAGUAUUAAUGUGGCACAACACAGUCUGACAUCUAAUGAUUCGUGUUGAUGGACACAAAGUUUCCAUUUUUUCAUGUCACUCAGCACGACUUUCAAUCUAAUGUAUUGUAAUACGAUGUAACGUUCAUAAUAACAAAUCAACGCAAUCUGAUGGUAAUUCGCACCUAUUUUACGAGGUGGCUCAUUCGUACGUUUUAUUGUGAUUUGACUUUGCCCCUGAGCCGUUGAGUUUAGGGACGGGGAUGGCUCUAUCGGGGCCUCUAUCGCUGUUUUGCCACCUCGUAAAAUUUGUGCGUUUUAGCAAAAUUAGCCUUUGCACCUGUGAUUUUAGGGUUUAGGGUGGGGUAAGGGGUUGCUUAUAGCCACCUCGUAAAAUAGGUAUAACUUCCUGUCAUAUCAGUUUAUAAAUAAAUAAAUGUUUAUACACACGUGACCUGUAUAUUUAAAGUCAUGCUGAGUGAGGCGAAAACAUAAGAAAGGGGGAAUUUGUGUCCAUGAACACGAAUCAAUAGAUAUACAGUAAAUUAGAUACAGUAUCUCACAGAAGUGAGUACACCCCUCACAUUUUUGUAAAUAUUUUAUUAUAUCUUUUCAUGUGACAACACUGAAGAAAUGACACUUUGCUAUAAUGUAAAGUAGUGAGUGUACAGCUUGUAUAACAGUGUCAAUUUGCUGUCCCCUCAAAAUAACUCAACACACAGCCAUUAAUGUCUAAACAGCUGGCAACAAAAGUGAGCACACCCCUAAGUGAAAAUGUCCAAAUUGGGCCCAAUUAGCCAUUUCCCCUCCCCGGUGUCAAGUGAUUCUUUAGUGUUACAGGGUCUCAGGUGUGAAUGGGGAGCAGGUGUGUUAAAUUUGGUGUUAUCGCUCUCACUCUCUCAUACUGGUCACUGGAAGUUCAACAUGGCACCUCAUGGCAGAGAACUCUCUGAGGAUCUGAAAAAAAGAAUUGUUGCUCUACAUAAAGAUGGCCUAGGCUAUAAGGCUAUAAGAAGACUGCCAAGACCCUGAAACUGAGCUGCAGCACGGUGGCCAAACUGUUAUACAAACUGUACACUCACUACUUUAUAUUGUAGAAAAGUUUAAUUUCUUCAGUCUCAUCCAUCCUUAUAUCAGUAACAUCAGCCAUCGUGGUCUUGCUCAUCCGAGCAUUUUUACGUUUCUUUGCAAAAAAAUGGUAGUUUCCUAUGGAGGAUGUGAAAUGGUAUAAAGAAAAUAAUAAAUGCAGGAAUAAAUGAAGUAUGAAAUGUAAAAGUACAUGAAUAAAUGUAGAAAUAAAUAAAUUCAUGCCGAAAAUAUAUAAAGAAAUGCAGAAAACGUAGAAAUACACUUUUUAUUAGAAUAUAUAUAGACCGUUUCAAUGGGUUUGCGCGCAUGGCUGCAGUUAACUUCCGGUCUGUGUUUGUUUAUCGGUCUGGCUAGUGUCAAAUAUAACUACUUAUAUUUUAUUUAAUAUUUGUUAAUAUUAUUGUUUUAUUUUAAAAUAAUUGUAUUAUUUGUUGUAUGUUAAUUGUAUUAAAUAAACGAUUUGUUGAAUGGGUCCUGUAGUUUGGUCGCUUUUCAAGAAACCGUAUGGUACACUGACAUCUAGUGGUUGAGAUUGGUAUCGCAGUCUAAAUCCAAAAUAUUGGAGAGGCAAGUUUAGCCAAGUAACAGUUCUUCUCUGUUUUUUUUUGCUUGUUAUCAGAAAUAUAUACUGUAUAUACUGUAUAUACUAUUACGGUAGAUCAAAACAUUCGGUGGUGCUCAUUAAAGGGCUCAUAUGGCGCAAACACGUGUUUUCUGUGUCUUUGGUGUGUUAUAAGUUGCUCAUGCAUGUAUUAGACACGUAAAAUUGCAAAAAUUAAAGUGUGGGAACAAAAGAGUCAUUCUAUGUAAAAGCGAAUGCUCACCCAGACCUGCCUGAAACGCCUCGUGUAGCCACACCCCCACAAAUCUACGUCAGUUGGUGGUCUGAUUUGACUAAGACCG